AUGAUCAGCGGCGUGGUGCAGUUUGUUACGUCUAACAGCGGUGCCGAGAAGACCUUCCAGCUGUUCGCCAUGCACCAGGAUAAGGAUACCUGCAUCGGAGGUGGCGAAGUGGGCGAGCCCGGCGAAGCGCAGCAGACUGAGGAAAGGAUCAGGGGUGCAGGAGUUUCCUCAAUGGCCGAAGCUCUGGCGCACGCACUAGAGUCUACUGAAGCGAAGGUGCCUAAAGACGUCGAAGCUGCCGACGAGGCCCUAAAGAAGGAGGCGGAGGUGUCGGGGGUGGCGACGGAGCAGCCGACACUGUCAAGACUCACUGUACUAUGGUACAGUUAG